AUGAUAGUAGGAAACCAGGGCGAAAAACUCGAUUAUAUUGAACGAAAUUCCUCAUCGCCCGCAGCUGGUCACGAGCAGAAAAAAUUAGAUGAUUCUAAUCUAGUGGACUGGGAUGGCCCUGAUGAUCCUGAAAACCCCCGGAAUUGGCCAGCAUGGCGAAGAUGCUUGCUAGUUGGGGUUGUAACAUUUGUUGUCUUCUCAACAUCUUUGGCUUCUUCAGCGAUUGCCCCGGCAAUACCUGAGAUCAUGAAAGAGUUUGAUUCCACAAACGACGAAAUCGGAAUUCUUAUUGUUACCAUUGAGCUCCUGGGAACCGGCGUCGGCCCCAUCUUGAUGGGCCCCAUGUCCGAGAUUGUCGGCCGACGCAUCAUUUACAACGGCGCAAAUAUUGGCUUCAGUCUAUUUUCAGUUGGCUGUGCCUUGAACUCGUCUCUACCUGGAUUGGUGGUACUGCGUUUCCUGCAGGGGUGUGCGGCUUCCUGUUCUUUGAACAAUGCCGGUGGAACAAUCUCAGAUCUGGUUCCUGUCCAUCGAAGAGGCCUGGCAAUGUCCAUGUACUCGGUAGGAUUCUUACUUGGUCCAGCUAUUGGGCCCAUUGCCGGUAGUCUUUUGAAUGCUGCAGCUGGAUGGCGAUGGAUUUUUUGGUUUCUGCUUAUUGUUAAUGGCACGGCAGGAAUUAUCUGUGCUCUUGUCUACUCUGAGACUUACACCCCAGUUUUACUCCAAUGGAAAGCAAAAAGGCUUCGCAGACUCUCAGGAAAUCCAGCACUGCAUGCCAAGGGAGGAAGACAGCUGCCAGUGAGCCAAGUGCUCAAGCGCGCUCUAUGCCGUCCGAUCAAAAUGUUUCUCUUUUGCCCAGUCGUUACUGGUCUGGCAAUAUACAACGCUGUUGUAUACGGGUUUACCUACCUUCUCUUCUCUACCUUCUCGUUGGUCUUUCAAGGCCAAUAUGGUUUCAAUGAUAGAUCUAUAGGUCUGGUGUACUUGGGUCUCGCAAUCGGCUUUUUGCUUUCUUUGAGUAUUGCUAGCUUUGCCAACGACAAAACUCAUGCACGUCUCACAAGAGAACAUGGGGAGGCAAAGCCUGAAUACCGGUUGGAAUCUUUAGUAUAUGGUGCCAUAGCAAUUCCCGUCGGGUUUGUCCUAUACGGAUGGACCUGCCAAGAACACGUUCAUCCGGCUGUGCCUAUUGUAGGAACAGGCCUGAUUGGAUUCGGAGUCAUGUUCACGUUCAUUCCGUUCAAUGUGUACAUGAUCGAUGCGUACACAAAAUAUGCAGCAAGUGCCAUUGCUGCCGGAAAUAUAUUGAGAAGUCUCUCGGCUGCACUUCUGCCACUCCUUGGAGUUCCGUUGUAUAAUAGACUCGGGUAUGGCUGGGGAAACACUCUUCUGGCGUUCGUAUCACUUGGACUUGGCGGGAUGGUCAUGCUUUUUCGUAAGUACGGAGAAGAAUGGCGGAAGCGGUUCUCGAUCCCAUUUGACUGA